AGGCUGAUAUAUGUAAAUGCCAGCCCAGGAGCUCCCUGGUAGGGACAUGACCUGAGAAGUCCUCAUAACAGCCAACCUCUUGCAACCUCCAAGGGGGAGGAGGAGCCCAUCCCAGGAGAGCUGACAGCAGGAUUCCGGUAGAGGAGGGCAGGUGGCAAUACUGUAGGAGCCAUGGAGACGGCUAUGUGUGUUUGCUCUCCCUGCUGCACAUGGCAGAGGUGCUGCCCUCGCUUAUGCUCCUGUCUGUGCUGCAAGUUCCUCUUCACCUCCGAGCGGAACUGCACCUGCUUCCCCUGCCCUUACAAGGACGAGCGGAACUGCCAGUGCUGCCACUGCACCUGCGCCGAGAACCCCAACUGCCACUGGUGCUGCUGCUCCUGGGCCAAUGACCCCAACUGCAAGUGCUGCUGCUCGGCCAGCAGCAACGUCAAGUGCUAUUACUAUGAGAGCCGCUGCUGCCGCCAGGUCACCUUCACGUUCCACAAGGGCCGCCUCAGGACCAUCCGCGUUUCCUCCAAAACCGCCCUGCACAUCGGGAGCAGCAGUUCGCAAUUGGAUGAGAUAAAGCCGACCACGUCGGGGAAAAGCCACCUGGUCGACCAUCUCUUGUGUCCCAUGUGCAACCGGCUGCGCCUGCAUUCAUUCAUGCUGCCCUGCAACCACAGCCUGUGCGAGAAGUGCCUGCGGCAGCUGCAGAAGCACGCAGAGGUCACUGAGAACUUCUUCAUCAUCGUCUGCCCGGUGUGCAGCCGCUCACACUGCAUGCCCUACAGCCACAAGAUGCAGCUGCCCGAGAACUACCUGCACGGGCGCCUCACCAAGCGCUACAUGCAGGAACACGGCUACCUCAAGUGGCGCUUUGACCGCUCCACCGGGCCCAUCCUCUGCCAGGUCUGCCGUGGCCGGCACAUCGCCUACAAGCACUGCACUACCUGCCGUCUCAACCUGUGCAACGACUGCCUCAAGACCUUUCACUCGGACGCGACCAUGCAGGACCACGUCUUCGUGGACACCAGCACUGACGACCAGGACGAGAAGAUCUGCAUCCACCACCCGUCCAGCCGCAUCAUCGAGUACUGCCGCAACGACGACCAGCUGCUCUGCACCUUCUGCAAGGCCUCCUUACACAACGGCCACGACACGGUCAGCCUCAUCGACGCCUGCUCUGAGAGGUCCGCUGCACUCUUCAGCGCCAUUGCCAAGUUCAAAGCAGUCCGAUAUGAAAUUGAUAAUGACCUUAUGGAAUUCAACAUUUUAAAAGGCAGCUUUAAAGCUAACAAGGAGGCAAAGCGAAAAGAGAUCAGAAAUGGAUUUCUCAAGCUACGCAGCAUCCUACAGGAGAAGGAGAAACUGAUCAUGGAGCAGGUAGAGAAUCUAGAAGUGUCCAGGCAGAAGGAGAUUGAAAAAUAUGUGUACGUCACAUCCACGAAAGUGAAUGAGAUGAACGGCCUGAUCGCCUACUCCAAGGAAGCUCUCAAGGAGACAGGCCAAGUGGCGUUCCUGCAGUCCGCCAAGAUUCUGGUGGAGCAGAUCGAGGACGGCAUCCAGAGCACCUACAGGCCCGACCCACAGCUCCGGCUACACUCCUCGCAAUGCCUGCCCUUGGACUUUGCUGAGCUCUCCAGUGCCAUCCAUGAGCUCUUCCCCAUGGGACCCAAGAAGGUAUGCUCCUCAGGGGACUCCCUGCCCUCCCCCUAUCCCACGCACUCAGAAAUGAUGAUUGCCAGGAAGGUCACUUUCAGCACCCACAGCUUGGGCAACCAGCAGAUAUACCAGCGAAGCUCCUCCUUAUUGUCCUUCAAAACCACCGGGGGAGAGAAGGUCAAGGCGGGUCUGGAGGCCUAUGGGCGAGCGCAGUCCACCGCACCUGCCAAAACCACAGAUGGCCUCUACACCUAUUGGACUGCAGGGGCAGAAAACCAGUCUCUACAGAACAGCAGCAGCUUCCACAACUGGUACUCGUUCAACGAAUGCCCUGUGAAAACCCCAGGCCCAAUUGUUAUCUACCAGACUCUGGUGUAUCCAAGAGCUGCCAAGGUUUACUGGACAUGCCCGACAGAAGACGUAGACUCUUUUGAGAUGGAAUUCUAUGAAGUCAUUUCUUCCCCUCCAAACAAUGUGCGGACAGAGCUCUGUGGACAAAUUCGGGACAUAACGCAGCAGAGUCUGGAGCUGCACAACCUGACCCCCAACACCGAGUAUCUGUUUAAAGUCAGAGCCAUCAAUGAUAGUGGUCCUGGGCAAUGGAGUGACAUCUGCAAGGUGCAGACACCCGAUGGGCAUGGGAAGAACCGAGCUAAGUGGGGCCUGCUGAAGAAUAUCCAGUCUGCCCUCCAGAAGCGCUUCUGAGCCCCCCACAGAGCAGGCAGCAAGGUCAGAGACACACCACAAAAUAGACAUAUAGACACACACAUACGUAUAUGUAUUUUCUCACC